ACAUUGCGAAUUUUUCCUCAAAAAAAAUGGGAAAAAUACGUAAAAUUCACUCGUCAAGGGUAGGGAUAAAAAUCCCUUUAGAAGAUGAAAUUAACAACAGUAAAUUCGUGAAACCCAAAGGCCGAACUAAAACUAGAUUGAAAAAGGAGGAAGAUGAGGAGUAUGUGGACUCCAAUUUGUCCUCGAAAAUAUUGUCGGCCGCUCGAAGACAAUUACAAGAGUUAGACGAUGAUUAUCCGACUCUGGAAGAAGCGAACCCACGGAGACGACCCGUUACUUUAGGAGAACCAAGCGGCAGUGUCGAUGACGAGGAUGAUGAUGACGAUGACGAAGAGGAAGAUUUGGAAACUGACACAUUUUAUGAUAACAUUGAAAUAAAAGAAGAGGAUGAGGAAGCAAUGGAAAUGUUUAUGAAUAAAAAUCCGGCACCUCGACGGACACUGGCCGACAUAAUUAUGGAAAAGAUUCAAGAGAAAGAAGCGGAAUUACAAUCUAAAAUGACUGACGUCAAUUCUAUAGAAAUACAAGACAUCGACCCACGAGUAAAGCAGAUGUACGAGGGCGUACGGCAGGUGCUUCACAAGUACAGAAGUGGUAAAUUACCAAAGGUGUUUAAAAUCGUACCUAAAUUACGGAACUGGGAGCAAAUCCUGUUUAUUUUAGAUCCUCCAAAGUGGUCCGCCGCAGCCAUGUAUCAAGCAACGAGAAUAUUUGCAUCAAAUUUGAAAGAAAAGAUGGCUCAAAGGUUUUACAAUUUAGUGUUACUUCCUAGAGUAAGGGACGAUAUGGCCGAAUAUAAGCGUUUAAACUUUCACCUUUAUCAAGCAUUACGAAAGGCUCUGUACAAACCUGGAAGUUUUAUGAAAGGUUUUCUCUUGCCCCUACUAGAAAGUGGUACCUGCACGUUACGCGAAGCGAUCAUAAUCGGAUCUGUAAUUUCACAAAACUCCAUACCCAUGCUGCAUUCGUCAGCCACACUUUUGAAAAUUGCGGAAAUGGAUUACACCAGUGCCAACUCAAUAUUUUUGCGGAUUUUCAUUGAUAAAAAGUAUGCCUUACCGUAUCGUGUUGUUGACGCACUCGUUUUCCAUUUCCUUAGAUUUCAAAACGAUCACCGCGAGUUACCCGUGCUGUGGCAUCAAGCUUUUCUCACAUUCGUGCAACGUUACAAAGCAGAUAUAUCUACAGAACAAAAGGAGGCAUUAUUGGAACUUUUGCGCACACAAAGUCAUCCACAGAUUACAUCAGAAAUUCGUAGAGAAUUACAAAGUGCUAAAUGUAGAGAUGCAGAAGUUCAAGAGAUGGAAACAAGUUCGUUUUAAUUAUGAUGCUAUUCUAAUUUUGUUGUGUGAAAAUAAAUUGUUCACAGUCUAUUUAAUUUCGA